AGAGAGAGAGAGAGAAGCAGGAACAAACUCAUCAGAGUUUGAAAGUAACAUACGCUGCAGUCUGUAAACGCUGCAAGACGUAGACUGAUGCUUUCAAGGCAACUGUAUCGUUUAUGUGGAAAUGUUUCCUGGAGAAGAGGGUUACGACAGGACCCAGAAGGGACUGGAAUUAUCACAGCUUUGUUGACAUGAUGGAUUUUCAUCUGAAGUGCAGAUGUUAGGCUGUUGAUGGGAUCAGAAGAAGCCUACCGUGCUGAGGAGAGUGCCUAUUAAGGAUCUGGUGACCUCUGAAACGAUGGAGGACAGAAAUGGAGUUUGUCAUGUGGUGGAGAGUGAGGUGGAUGUUCAAAGACAAACCAAAGCUCAGCCACAAGCCAACAACAACAGACCCAACUGGUCAAAUGGUCAGUGUGUUGUGUCAGUGCCGAGCUACUCAACGUUAAACCCCAGUUUCGAUCUGUCUUUGUGCCGCGCCAAACUGGAGAAUGAUGGCUUCCAGAUUCCUGUCGCAGACAUGGAGGUACCACUGAAAACAGCUCUGGACGUUCCCUCAGUCAGGAGAUACAUGGUUUUUAACUCAGCUCUCUUCCAUUUCAUAAUGGCGCCGAGUGGUAGAAUGGUGGUUUCAAAAUGGCUGCAGCUGGGAGUCAUGAUGUUUGUCAAAUUAGACAACCUCCUCCGCCUCUCCUCCCACCAGGUGCUGUAUGUGGUGGUGUGGUGUGCUGUGUUCUCCACCCUCCACCUCUACAUCACUGUCAGCGACUACUGGGUCCUCUGUCUCUCCGUCAGCCUGGUCUCCAUCUUCCUCACCACUGCCAUCAUCUUCAUCCUCCACCACAGUAACAAGGAGAUCAACAUGAACAUAGACAUUCGGUUGAUCCAGGUGAACGAGAGGAUGGUGAAACACAAGCUGUUGGUGGCCGUGGCCGACUGGGUGCAGAACUGCACUGGAAACAUGCAGUUGUACUUUGUAUACUGGGACAUGUCCCGCUGUCUGAGGGCACUGACUGAAACUUUAGAGGAGCGCAGCUUUGUGGCGAAUGACACCCAGAACAAACUGAAGCGGAAAAUGUCCCAUCUCGUCCUUGUGACCGAGGUCCCAGCUGUUGACCCCGAGGUUGGCGGCAGUGGUGGUUCAGACGCAGAGGACCAGGACUCUGACGAACAGAGGCCUCUCCUUGGGCAGGAGGACACAGAUGGCAGUACCUCCACCAGCCAGCGGGAGGACACCAAACUCACCGCCAACUACAGCCUCGUCCCUGACGUGUCGUUACCUGCUCAGGCUAAAGCCUACCAGCUUCUGAUGACUUACAGUGCAGCCUAUGUGAAGCUGCUGGUGUCUGAGCGGCUGUCAGGGCCGUCACACCACCGCAUGCGACCCCGGAGGAAUCACUGCACCACCGCCCCUCUCUGCCUCUGCCAGUACAUCAAAAAGAAGCUCCUUCAAUAACCGGAAACUUGUUCUUUAAAAAGACUUUCUACUUCGCACCCAGACUCUUGACAGACAAACUGACGUGUGUGGAAGCAUUUCCUCUACAGCAAACAUGGAUUAAAGGUGUUUUUUUUAUAAGAUGAAGGACCUGUUUGGAGCUUCUCAGUCUGUUUUACAGCCUGUUUCUCUGGUCUGUGGGCUACUGUACCUCUGCUGCUGUUCUCAUGCCAACUCUGUGUUUGCACCACCUGGAUAUUUGUCCAUUUGCACCCUGCCAAAUGCUGUCACACUGAGAACACAGGUCCAUCCGACUGCUGUAAAACAAUAUUUGUACUCUUGUAUACACGACAAUCGAGGCACUAGGUUUUACUGUUUAAAUUAUUUUCUCAAAUAAUAAAUAGAUUUUUGUGAUUUGCAA